UCUCGCAGGUCAGGCAAGAGCUUCGUCCAUGGCGGUCGCGCUCUCUCGCUCCUCUCUCUCCUCUCUCUCUCUUUCUCUCUCCUCCGUUUCGUCGCGUGUAGCCGACCUCAACCGACCGGAUCGAUCGCCGGCGAGCCCCAAAAUCGCGGCUUGAUCGCUCCCCGACCGGAGCGCCGUCCUCCCAUGUCGACUUCCGACAACGAGGACGAGAGCCUGGCCAAUUUCCUUGAGUCCGAGAUCCUCUCCGAGGAAAGCGCCGAUGCGGCUGAGUCGGUGGCGAAGCGGCAGCGUCCGGGAGGAGAAGGACCGCCGGAGGGGGGAGGAGGCGACGGCGGGAAUGCGGUCUCGUUGAGGUUCGACACUGGGAUUCUGAGCAAGAUACCUCCCGAGCUGUUCCCUAACAUCCUCAAAUUUCUGUCAUCCGAGGAUCUCAUGGCGUGCUCGAUGGCGUGCAAGUCCCUGAAUUACGCAGCGUCCGAUGAAUCCUUGUGGCGCCGACUGUACCGAAUUCGGUGGGGUCUGCUGCCACCUACUAAUAAGAUACGACAAUGCGCUUGGAAGAAGCUCUAUAUCCAGCGUGAUGAAGAGGAUAUGAAUGAACUUGUCAGAAAUUGCCCAGCAGAGUUUAAAGAAUACUACAUCCAAAUGCAAGCUGCAAAGAGAAGCCAGGCACCUCUUCCUUCACAGGUGAAAGAUGAUCGGAUAAUUCUUGAUAAGACAGUUGCUGAUCAAGUGUCUUUGUGGAAAAGCAGCAAAGGGUUCACUGAUGCAUUGGUUCUGGACCAUGUUUGUUCAGGAGAAACGUGUUCUUAUCACCAAAUUGGUGAUGUCUUUGUUUGUGAGAAGACUGGAAAUGUUCAUGUAUGCGAUGAGACGUGCAGAGAAACUGUUAUGGAUCCUGCCAAUGAGCUCUUGGUUUGCAAAAUAUCUGGACACUGUUUAGAUAGGUUGCUGUCAGCUGCUGAAAUGGAGACCGAUGCCGAGCAGCAGCAAGGUGGUGUGACAGAUGAAGCUGAACCAUUCAUGGGAUCUGGUCGAUUUGCACGAGCUUAUGUCUUGGGAUAUAAUUGCGCCGACGAAAGAGAAUUAGAUGCUGUGUUGAGGUUUUGCUGAGUUUUGGGGAUGGGAUGUAUAUGGUUUUGCAGGUCAGCAAAACUGUUUUAAGUGUUCGUCCAUUUGAAUAGUUUAUGCCAGCCAAGUCUGUAUAGUUAUAUCUAAAAUAAUAUUAUUAGAUGACAGAAAAUUUAUUUAGGGUUUUUACCGGCUCUCAUCGUGUAAUCUGGUUGGAUAGAUAUUAACAUCUCUAUGGAAAAUGUUUUUUUUUGGUAAAAAUGUUGUUAAAGGUU